AUGACCUUGCCGUCUCCAUCACAGACUCUGGAAUCCAACGAACCUUCAGGUGCCACCAAAGCAUUUUCCGAGACACUCAGGAAGCUGUGGGAAGUGCAUGCUGCGGAUCUCCAGCGGCUGCAUGAUGAGAAUCAGCGUUUGCUCGCGAGACUGGAUGUCUUCGAAGGGUGCCAGGGCCCAGAGAAAGACCAGAAACGAGACAGCAGCAUACCAGAUGACGUACCAUCUGUUUCCUCAGUGACCGCAAGUGACGUUCCUGCUGCACGGCCUGUUCCCGCAAACCGAACAGCCUGGCUGCCGGUUGUGUCGUCACAGUCUGGAAUCCAGAAAUCGGGCUUGUUCGAAUCCACAGCGAUAGAAAUGCCAUCCGACUUCUGGUUCACCGUAACGCGGAUCACCAGGCAUCCAAUGUUCGACAUCGUGGUUGCUUGCAUAAUAUUUCUGAACACAAUUGCGAUGGCAAUUGAAGCACAAUGGCAGGGUCUUUCCGUUGGUGCAUCAAUCAACUUUGGCAAAAUUGAUCCGGGCUAUGUGGCCUCCUGGACAUCGGCGGAGCAAUCAUUUGUGUGGAUCGGCUUUGCGUUCGGAUUUGUUUAUGUACUAGAACUCAUGCUGAAGCUGGCCGGUCAGCGGCGGAGCUUCUUCAAGUUCGCCUGGAACUGGGUUGACUUGGUGAUCAUUCUUUUCUGGCUAAUCGACAUUACUGCUGGUGCUAUUUUGCCAGUCGAUGCAACACUGCUGCGAGUUGCACGGCUUGUCCGUCUACUUCGCUUGGUGCAGCUCAUGCAGGCCAUCAAGAGUCUGGAUGCGCUGUAUAUCAUCACAACGGCACUGAGCGGCAGCUUGUCCAUCCUAGCAUGGGCAUGUGUUCUCUUCUUCUUCCUACAGAUGGGCUUGGCGUUGCUCGUCAAUGGCUACUUGACACAGUACUAUUUCAAUGACGCGUCCAUUUCAGAAGCGAACCGACAGGCUGUGUUCGAAUAUUUCGGCACCUUCAGCAGGCUGGAACCUGCCUUCGCGUUGCCUCUGGCCUCUGGCAACAGCAGGAUUUGCAAAGACCAUAGUUGGAACAAGAGCCGUAGUUCCAAAACGGCAAUCGCAACAAGAGUAACACCAGAUGCAUAA